AUGUCUGCGGUUGCUGCGAAAAAUCGUUUGAUGACCGAGUACAAGGGGCUUGAAAAGGAGAAAUGGGUCAAUAUCGAGUUGAACGAAGGAGCCCUCUUUAAAUGGGAGAUUGGUCUGAUGGUCGUUAAUGAUGAGAGUGCUUUCAACGGUGGCUACUUCAAAGCCGAAAUGACUUUCACCGACAAUUAUCCUUACAGUCCCCCAACCUUCAAGUUCCUCCGACCGAUCCAACAUCCAAACAUCUACCCCGACGGCAAAUUAUGCAUCUCGAUCUUGCACCCACCUGGAGAAGAUGAGCAGUCCGGGGAAUCUGCCAGUGAGCGUUGGUCACCAUUACAAGGGGUAGAAUCAGUCUUGCGUUCUAUCCUCCUUCUUCUCGAUGCCCCUGAGAUCAAUUCUCCUGCAAAUGUCGAUGCAGGUGUCAUGUAUCGAGACAAUAGAGAAAAAUAUAACGAGAAAGCUAAGGAGGCCGUGGCUGCCUCGAAGCAAGAUAUCCCGACCGGGUUUGAAAUGCCCACAACACUUGAGACUGCUCCUCCUGCCAAGCCUGUAGACGACGAUGCAUUCUGGGCCGAAAGUGAUGAAGAGGACGAUUUUGGGGCCAGCGAUAGUUCUGAAGACUUUGGUAUGGAGGAUGGAGAUGAAGAGGAAGAGGAAGAUGAUGGUGAGGAACAAGAAGAAGAUGAAGACAUGGAGGAUUAA